AUGGUUCGAAAGAUUUUGAUUGAUGAUCCGGAGUUCAUCUUCCCACUUUCUCUGCAGCAAGUCACGCUCUACAGAAGCAUGCAAGGCAAAAGCGAGCUUCACAAAAGCGUUUCUCAGAAGCAGAUGAAGGUGUUCUGGUGGAUUUUGCUGGGGACAUUUGUCUGGCAGUUCCUACCUGAGUAUAUAUUCCCCUUCGUUGCCGCACUUGCGCCUCUUUGCUGGUUCGCUAGCCGCAACCAUGUGGUCAACUUUCUCGGUGCUGGCAGAGGAGGUGUCGGACUUCUCAACAUCACACUCAACUGGUCCAACAUCACAUCUACGGUCAUCACCUACCCUUACAGCGUUCAGGUUACCAUUUUCGUUGGUUUUGUUAUCACGACUUGGAUCUUGAUCCCAGUUGCGUACUUCGGGAACCUAUGGGGGUCCCCUACGUACAACAUCAUGUCCAAUGGCGUAUUCCAGAAGAAUGGAUCAGAUUAUCCAUUUGAGUCUUUGAUCUACACUGACUCGAGCGGGAACCAACAUGUCAAUGAGACAAGGUACCACGAAGUUGGCCUUGCCUACUCAGGCGCUCAAUACACGUGGGAGAUUUUCAUGUGGUAUGCAUCAUACAUCUCCUCGUUUGUCUGGUGUGGCUUGUUCUUGGGUCCCAAGAUUGUCAAGAUUUGGAAAGCCAGGAAGGAUAAAGGAGAAUACCAUCAGGAUCGUUUGAGCCGCAUCAUCCAACAGUACCCCGGUCUCACUUUGUGGGAAUGGGGUCUUCUCACAGCGAUACCCGUUGGAAUUCUUCUCAUCAUCGUCGCCACAAAGUCUAUCUGGUUGCCGACCUGGACCUACUUCGUCGCACUGGGAUUUGGUGCCGCAGCCAUGUUACCUAUGAGUUUGGUCUACGCCAUGUCGGGUUAUUCGAUCAAGGUUGGCUUUUUUAAUGAGCUCAUAUAUGGAUACGCCCGUGGAUCGUCUCGCCAUCCCCUUGGUCAGCUUGCUUACCGCAUCAUUUCCGGCAACGUUUGGUAUGAUGCUCGAAUUGUUCUUGAGGACCAAAAGAUUGGCCACUAUCUCCAUUUACCCCCUAGGGAUGUGAUUGGCAUCCAAAUCAUCGCAAACAUGCUCGCUCUCCCUGUCAACUACGGCGUCAUGCGAUGGGUCAUCGCCUCAAAGUUCGACUACGUCAGUGGUCGCGUCCCCGAUCCUGCGGGGCAGUGGACGGGACAAGAGUUCAAGAGCUACAACACAGCUGGAAUUCAAUACGCCCUGGUCGGUCCAAAGAAACUCUUCGCAUCAUCUUUCUUCAAGCCAGUUUUAUAUGGGUUCCCCGCAGGCGCAGUAGCUCCCAUAAUUAUCUGGCUCCUCCACAAGAAAUUCCCUAAAGCAAGAUUUGAUCUUUGGAACUCGACCAUCUUCUUCGCCAGCGCCGCCACCUUCCACGGAAAUCUCAGCACCGGACCUUUCACGACUUUCCUGGUUGGAACGUUCUUCAAUUUCUAUCUGUACCGGUACAGACGCAAGUUUUGGAACAAGUGGGCUUACAUCAGUGGUGCCGCACUGGACACUGGAUUUAACGCCAAUCUACUGUUCAUCUUCAUCUUCCUCGGAACGACGGGAGCUGUGAUGGUGAAUUGGUGGGGUAAUAAUGCAGACAAUAUUGAACGCUGCUUCGCCUUGAAGAAUUAG